AUGGAUGUUCUCUAUUCAUUAUUUGGUAUUGAUAAUCAACGACUUGAUGCUAUAAUACAAAGCAAAGCUUUCAUUAAGACUCUCAAUUUUGUAUUAACAACGACAAGUAAUGAUGUUUUGCCGAUUGCUGAUUCGAUAGUUAAUCGAUACUGCAUUGAUAUCUUGCCUAAAAUAAAUUACAAUGUUAGAUCCCUUAUUCUUGAAUCAGAGUCUAUGGAACGUAUUCUACUCGCUGCUGGUUUUCCUAAUUUAACUGAACUUAAACUGUAUAAUGUUGACGAUUAUAUUGUUUCACAUUAUUUUACAGGUAAGCAAUUUCCGUAUUCAAGUAAAGAAAAAGAUUUCAUUGAAAACAGUAUAAAUAUUGCACAAUAUUUGAUUGUUCUUUAUUUAGUCGAAUCACCAUUUCGACGUAUUUUUCAACCACAAAUAACAGAUCUUAUUCUUGUAUACAAGAACGAUAUUAACAUAUUAUUAAUGAAUAAAAAUGCAAAAUUUGUGUACGAAUAUACUUUCAAACUGUUUGAAAAUCUGAAACACUUAUCUGUUAUCGGAUUACCGCCAAUUUUCUCGGUUAAUUAUAUAUCUUUGGCUACUUGUUUCUCUUCAAAUCUUUACAAAUUAUGUCUUCAUAUCAAUACUUUUGAAGAUUGUUUUGCUUUACUUGAUGGUCGUCUCAAACAUCUGUCUAUGUUGAUUGUUAAUAUAAAUAGUACAGAAUAUCAUCCAUCAGUUGUUUACAAUAUUGAUAUGCUGCCUAAUAUGAAAUAUUUCUCGUUAACCUGUCGUUGUUCCAAUGAUGAAUAUGAUACUCAUGUUGUACCUCUUCUUCGUCGUAUGUUUAAUCUUGAAGAAUUAAAUUUGAAUAUUAUUAAUGAGAAACGAAGUUCAUUUGUCGAUGGCACUCAAAUUAACGAAAAAAUUCUUAUUCAUAUGCCACCACUUUCUAAAUUUACAUUUUAUAUUAGUACCAAAACUAAACGAAAGCAUAUGGUUCAUCACUUAUCGAACCACGAUAUUGAACAAACUUUUUUUAACAUAGGAUAUGAACAAGUAUGCUGUUUUCUAACUCGAAUUACCACUAGUGCUAUAUGCAAUAUUUUUUCAUUACCGUUUGUAUUUGAUUAUCUUGAAUAUGUUGGAAAUACUUUGCCAUCAAUGACUUUUAGUCGUGUUACUAAAUUGAUGGUGCAUGAUAUACUUCCAUUUUCGCAUGAAUUUUUCAUAGGAAUUGCUCGCUUUUUCCCAUUACUUAAAACAAUGCGUGUUCUUAAUAUUCAUCCACAGUUACAGAUGUCACACAAAUUGAAUUCGAAUGAUAAUCAAUUGCAUUCAAUUGUUGAAUAUCCUUUCCUUAUAUCGCUUUCUCUCUUCUAUACUCAUAUUGAUUAUGUCGAACAGUUUCUCAAUAAAACAAAAACACAUUUACCUCGUUUUACUGAAUUAACAGUCGAUUAUGAUCAAUUAAGAAUUGUUACAGAAAACUUCACAAGAGAUACAACACGUCUUAAUUGUGUUAAUGUGAAAAAAUUAAUUUUUGAAAAGUCAAUUGUACAUUCAAAAGAUUUUUAUACUUAUUUUCCUUUGUUGUAA